CAUGCGUGAUCCCUCUCCGCCCGCCAGCAGUUCUUGAAGGACAGCUGCAAAAAUGGAUAAAGACCAACUCCAGGAACCCAACUCCAUCUACUCUAGUAUGCUUCGUGAAGAUACAGUCCUUGUAAAUGAUUCAGAUAAAAAUGCUACCGAAGGCAGAGAUACUUCCGCAACUGUACUUCCCAAAGAUCCCUGUUUUCUUGAAGAUAAAGAUGCUACCAAAGACAGAGAUACUUCAGCAACUGUACUUCUCAAAGAUUCCUGUUUACCUGAAGAUAAAGAUGCUACUACUGAAGGCAGAGAUACUUCCGCAACUGUACUUCCCAAAGAUUCCUGUUUACCUGAAGAUAAAGAUGCUACCAAAGACAGAGAUACUUCCGCAACUGUACUUCUCAAAGAUUCCUGUUUACUUGAAGCUUCAAAACAUCUGGUUGGCUCAAAAAGCAAACAGAAACCUUAUCAUGAACUGCCACCAGCAUAUGUACUUCCUUACCUGGUUUUAAUCAAGAAUUGUCUUGAUUUGCCAUUUCCCACCAUCAAGAAACAAUGUCUCACAGGAGAAAUACUGUGCAAGAUAGACUCUUUAACACUGAGGCGCAAAAAGAAAAAAUCACCAACUUCACUUGAACUAGCAAAAGUACCAACACUUCAAGAAACAAAAUACGUAACUUUUGAAGGUCUGGAGGACCUACAGUGGAAAUUAUUCAAAGGUCUGCUAAAACGAAAGCCAAAAACAGUGGGAAUUUGGAGGAAAGCACAUUACACAAAGAAACCUGUCACAACUGUUAUUCGUGAAGCAAAGGAACAUAUCCUUCCCCUGCUACCUAAAGACUGGAUAAUUGAUGAGUCCCUCAAAUUUUCCAAGGAAAAGAUUUUUUCCUUCUUUUUAGAAACUGAGUCACCUGUGAAUAUGUAGCAGUCCCUGAAGUUCAGGAAGAAUAUGUAAACAAGCAAUAAACAACACAUUGUGUUGGACAUACAGUGUGAUACCAUUAAGUAAUUUGCUUAUUGUAACAUAAAAUAGGGCUAUUUUGGUUUCCAGCAGUUGUUGUUUUAAACUACAGUAGCCUGUUCUGUUAUUCUAUGCCAAUUUAUAAACUCUCAUGAUCUGGUGUUGUCCAGGUGGAUCUCAUGUGGAAUUCAGAAGUUGCAGCCCCAUCUCUCACCCCCCACUAGGUAGGCCAGACAGGAAAUCAAUUCCACUGGAAAGCUACAACUAUUUUUAUUGGAAUUGGCUAUGAAAACAAACUUUUGUGAGUAUGAUAGUGCUAUUCCUCCCCUCCUCUUUAUAGUUCAGUGAAUUAGAGAGGUGUCUCAGUUGUCUUCAAACAUAAUCUGGAUGUUCUGGGCUUAAAUAAUAAUUUAGCUUCAUUUAUCUAAGUAACAGCACUUAUAUAUUUCCAUCAAGGUCAUCUUUACUCUCUACGCCACCAGAGCUUUAAAAAAGUGCUGCAUUCUACUGGAGAAUACUGAUAUUUGAUCUUGCUGCUUGAUUGCAGUUUGAUAGAAGUAAGGGCUAUUCUGCUGAAUGCUGUGCAAACACCUACACAAUUCUUUUGUUUGGCAGAUCUAAAAAGACUUGUUGGAAGAGCUAGAGAAGUAAAGCUCUUAGAAUUCAAUAUAAAAACCAUAUUCUUGGCUAUAUCUUUGAUGUAUGACAUUUUUAGAUCAGAUUAACAACAAUCCCUAUAUAUAUUGAUAAAAAGUCUAUUGUAGUCCUGUAAGCAUAU